CUCCAGAAUAAAUUGAAUAUUUUGAGGCUGCCUUCUCUGCAUUAGAUCCAACGCGACUGCAUUACCUGCGCGUAUUUCCACACCUCACUUUCUUCACCCCUUUCAAAAGCCUUCAAUAUGGCUGCGGCAAUACAAACGGUCUCUGAGAGCAAGGAGCUCCGGGGCCUCAAUCUGAUUGCGGCGCAUUCGCAUAUCAGAGGUCUAGGAGUCGACCCCAUUACCCUCGAACCGCGACCUUCAUCACAAGGACUGGUGGGACAAGAAAAGGCGCGAAAGGCUGCCGCUGUCAUCCUGCAGAUGGUGAAGGAGGGGAAGAUUGCGGGACGAGCAGUGUUGAUCGCUGGACCUCCAAGUACUGGAAAAACUGCGAUUGCAAUGGGCAUGUCACAAGCAUUAGGUGUGGAUGUUCCAUUCACAAUGCUCGCCUCGUCUGAGAUCUUCUCCCUCGAAAUGUCCAAGACAGAAGCCCUCGAGCAGGCUUUCCGCAAGUCGAUCGGUGUACGAAUCAAAGAAGAGAGCGAGAUGAUUGAGGGAGAAGUGGUUGAGAUACAAACAGACCGAAGCGUGACUGGUGGAACGAAACAGGGGAAGUUGACAAUCAAGACGACAGACAUGGAGUCGGUGUAUGAUAUGGGCACCAAGAUGAUCGAUGCCAUGACCAAGGAACGUGUUAUGGCUGGAGACAUCAUCUCGAUCGAUAAGUCGUCUGGGAAGAUCACGAAGCUGGGUCGAUCCUUUGCCAAGUCGCGCGACUACGAUGCUAUGGGCGUGGAUACCAAAUUUUUACAAUGCCCCGACGGCGAUUUGCAAAAGCGCAAGGAAGUGGUUCAUACAGUCAGUCUUCACGAGAUUGAUGUUAUCAACUCAAGAACACAAGGCUUCCUAGCACUGUUUUCGGGAGACACUGGAGAGAUCAGGAGUGAGGUUCGAGACCAAAUCAAUACCAAGGUUGCGGAAUGGAAAGAAGAAGGCAAGGCUGAGAUCGUGCCUGGUGUCCUCUUUAUCGAUGAAGUACACAUGCUUGAUAUCGAGUGCUUCUCAUACAUCAAUAGAGCUCUCGAGGACGAGCUUGCUCCUAUUGUCAUUAUGGCAAGCAACAGAGGCAACUCCAGAAUCCGAGGCACAAACUACCGAAGUCCCCACGGCUUGCCCCUUGACUUCUUGGAUAGAGUGGUCAUUGUCAGCACCCACGCCUACCAAAAGGAGGAGAUCCAGCAGAUCUUGUCCAUCCGUGCUGCAGAGGAAGAAGUGGAUGUUACUCCAGAUGCAUUGGCCCUUCUGACCAAAAUUGGCCAAGAAACAGGUCUUCGAUAUGCCAGCAAUCUGAUCACCACAUCACAGCUGAUUGCUGCGAAAAGGAAAGCCAAGCAAGUCUCAAUCGAGGACGUACAAAGAAGUUUCCAGCUCUUCUACGACUCGGGCAGAAGUGUUAAAUUCGUCUCAGACUUUGAGAAGAGAUUAAUAGGCGAGUCUGGAGAAGUAAACUUCAGUGUGACAAACGGUCACGGUGAUGCAAUGGAAUUAUCAUAGAUUGAUUUCAGGCGUUUGGAGCGAGUGUGUUGGAACAAAAAGUCAAGUCAAAACAAGAUAAUUGUACAAGUAGCGGCGCAAGUGGCAUUUUGAGCACUUACGAAAGAACGAACGAAUGGAUGAGAAUAAAGCUUUGAGCAUCUGAUUUUACAGUUUUGGGUAUCUUGUUUUCCUUAAAUCAUACUCAUACAAAGUCCAUGAUUCUGCUCCAAGCCCCCUCAUCUCCUGCUUUUCUGAAUUCGACGCCCUCACCGAAAUACCCAGCGUCUUGCCAAGCUACCAUUGUUGCGCCGUCAUAUGGACCUUGCUUGGCAUCACCAUCUCGGCCAUCGAUCCAUCUGUAUUCCCACAUCUUGGCGGGUCUGGAGCCAUCCGGUCCUUCUUUA